UCGGGAAGAGAAAGAGGAGCAACAUGGGCGCUCGCAGGUGAGUGGGCGGGCAGGCUGCUGUCCCUGGGCUCUGACCUCGCAGUCGCGGCAGGGUGAAUGGAAACAGACUAUAAUCCCGUGGAGUUAAGCAGUAUGUCCGGAUUUGAAGAAGGCUCCGAGCUCAAUGGGUUUGAAGGAACGGACAUGAAGGACAUGCGGCUAGAGGCUGAGGCAGUUGUAAACGAUGUUCUCUUCGCGGUCAGCAGCAUGUUUGUCUCCAAAAGCCUGCGCUGUGCAGACGACGUGGCUUACAUCAAUGUGGAGACAAAGGAAAGGAACAGAUACUGCCUGGAGCUCACAGAGGCAGGGCUCAGGGUGGUGGGCUAUGCUUUUGACCAGGUGGAGGAUCAUUUGCAAACCCCCUACCAUGAGACAGUCUACUCCUUGUUGGAUACACUCAGCCCUGCCUACCGGGAAGCAUUUGGAAAUGCACUGCUACAGAGACUGGAAGCUUUGAAAAGGGACGGACAGUCCUGACUCAUUUUCCUCCUAGUGGGGCUACUGCUGGUAGAGAGUGCUAACAUAAGACUUGACAUCUUGCAUAUAAUCCUUGUAGAAAGUGCAUCGUUGGCUUAUCUGCUUAUCAUUCCUUCACAUGCAGGCUUUUGACUCCUCGGAACCUAAUUGACUCAUAAAUUGUCUUGGUUUCAGAUUCAUUUAAGGGAAUUUUGAGAGCAUCACUGACACUGUCACUCUGAUUUUUUCACACAGCCUCUCUGCGUUUCAAUACCUGAUCAGCACUUCAUGCUCUUCCUACAGGGCUUCAACGCUGCCAGCACUCUCUUUUACAUAGAAAAUUCUAGAUUUGCACAGUGAUACAGAAAUUAAAAUCACCUAACUUCAGACCUGGAUUCAGCCUGCUAAAUCAGGGGUUUACUACUAGCCUGGACUGACUUUGUAGUGGUUAUUUUGUUACUGGCCUUACUGGAAACAAACUGUCAACUAGUUUCCCCUGCACAAACACUGAAAUUGACUGCUCUACUUAAUCUACAUAGAUUACCAAAUGCACUGAUGAAGAUGAACUGCUUAUAUGUCAUUUAACUAGAAUGAAAUGAAAGGCAGGGACAGAAAUAGUUCUCUAUUCCUUGUUUGCAACAGCCAGCCGACCUAGAGAGGACAGACCGUGAGCAAAUGAAUGUAACAAUUACUCAUUUCCAAGCUAUCUAAGCACAUGAGCUAAUAGAGGAACAGGCCCCACCG